GUCCCACUGCCACAAGGAUCACAUGAAGGGGCUGCGGGCGCCCGCCCUGAAGCGCAGGCUGGAGGGCAGGCCUCUGCACUGUGCACAAGAUUAUUAGGGAGCAUUCUGUGUUCUGCUGAACGCUGACUGUCCCAGGGGUGUGGGUAUAGAAACAGAAACCUCUGCAUGUGACCCCUUCAUUUGUGUCUACAAAAUCCCGUGCAGGCAUGGGCAAACAGAGCUUGAAAGUUAAGCUAUACUGCUCACCAGUAACUAAGGAAUUGCUGUUGACUAACUGGAAAUACAAGUUUUGGGAGAAUCAUAUUGUUGCAUUGGAAGUUGAAACUCCAACUCAGAUUUCUUUAGUAGAUGAAACAUCUGGUGAGAAAGAAGAUGUAGUGGUGACACUUCUGCCAGCUGGUCACUGUCCAGGUUCGGUCAUGUUUCUGUUUGAAGGUGAGAAUGGCACUGUGCUGUACACAGGGGAUUUCAGGCUUGCAAAAGGAGAAGCAGCCAGAAUGGAGCUUUUGCAUUCAGGGACCAGAGUAAAAGAUAUCCAGAGUGUGUAUUUGGACACUACAUUUUGUGAUCCCAAAUUUUAUCACAUACCAAGCCGGGAGGAAUGUUUAAAUGGGAUCUUGGAGUUAGUGCGAAGCUGGACCUCGCUGUCCCGCUAUCAUGUUGUGUGGCUGAACUGCAAAGCUGCUUAUGGAUAUGAGUAUUUAUUCGUAAACCUCAGUGAGGAACUAGGAAUCAAGGUGCACAUGAACAAAGCUGAUAUGUUCAGGAACAUGCCAGAAAUCCUGUGCCAUAUUACUACAGACCGACACACUCAAAUCCAUGCCUGUCGACAUCCUUGGGAUGAUGACUGCUUCCGAGGGAACAGACUGCCCUGUGGGCUGACUUGCCAAAAUGGAACUCCCCUGCACAUAAUCAGCAUCAAACCCUCCACUAUGUGGUUUGGGGAAAGGAACAAGAAAACCAAUGUAAUAGUGAGGACUGGGGAAAGAACGUACAGAGCUUGUUUCUCUUUCCACUCUUCAUACAGUGAGAUUAAGGAUUUCCUGAGCUAUAUCUGUCCUGUGAAUGUGUAUCCCAACGUACUGCCACUGGGUGGGACAGAGGACAAGCUAAUGGAAAUAUUAAAGCCAUUAUGCAGGUCAUACAGGAGGAACACGGAACCCAGGUACAAGCCCUUAGGAACACUGAAGAGAGUCCACAAGAGAGAAUUAUCUGAUACAGAUGAAGAUGAUCUCUUUGAUUCAGAAUUAACUUCUGCAAGGCCUAAGAUUCCAAAACAGCAGACAGGAGAGACCAGGCCAUCCAGCACAGGACAGUCUGAAAAUGCUGAAGGAAAUAUUAAUGAGAGCACAGAAAGUUACGAAGCAACCACAACUUACACCUCCCUCCAGGUAGAUUUUGUGGACUGUGAGGAAUCAAAUGAUGAUGAUGAAGAUGAUGAAAAUGAUGAAGAAGAAUCUGAAAAAAAUACAGUUCAAAUUCUUUCCCAUGACCCAGAUGCCACUUCCACAGCAAAUUUCAGUGGAGUAACUAGUGACCAACAGGACUCUAAUGCCGAUGUCCCUCGCUGGGAUGAAUUCUUUAUGUGUAAUAAACUAGAGGAAAGCUCUGAAAACGAGGACAACAUCCCAUCUUCGGCAGAUGCUGGUGGGUCCCAGUCGCUCUUCAGUGACUCGGAUGGAGUGAGUGACUCAACACACAUCUCCUCCCAGAAUUCUUCUCAGUCAACACACAUAUCAGAGCAGGGGAGCCAGGGCUGGGAUAGCCAAAUGGACACAGUGCUCAUCACCUCCCAGGAGAGAAGCGCCCUGGACUUUGGCAAAGGUGGGAGCAGAGCAGUUGCUCCUGUGCUGCAGGAGACUGCCAGGGACAGUCAGCUGGAGAGCAGCAGGGGGAAGCCACCAGGGCAGAGCAGACCCUGUGCCUACGAUGGUGCCUGUGACUUGAAAAGCAAGGGCUGUGAGAAAGCCGCAGAGACUGGCACUGCUCGUGUUCAGGAUGCGCUGGUGGAGCUGAGUGACAGCUCCAGGACUCCUGACCUGGAGCUGAGGAGGGACUCCCAGAGCUCCUCUGACUUUGAAAUUCCCUUGACUCCUGAUGCUGAAGUGCCUCAGCCAGAUAAACUGCACCAUUUAUACAAGAAGCUUGCAGCAGGGGAAAACAUACUCAGUGAGAAAAAAGUCUCCUGAGGACAGGUAUAACUGAUUACAUCGUGGUGAUACCCAAAAUGUUUAUUAAUACCCAAAUUCUUUUUCUCUUUAGUGCCAAUUACUAUCUGCA